UAGGGAGUAACUUGAUCCACUUUCUCCUCCCCUGAAAUAGAGGUAUAUAGAGGGGUUUAUAUAGCUAUGUGCAGUCUGUAAGAGGUCGAAGUCUCUGAGAAUAAUUGAGAUACUCGAAAGUCUAGAACCAUGAAGGUGAUCUUAUGUUUAACGUUUGCUGUCGGACUGAUUGCAGUAGCUUCCGCCUCCAUGUGUAACAUCUGUAAAUUCAAGGCUCUUUCCAUCUGCUUCACUGGAUCGUCCACUCUAAGCUGCACUGGCAACUGCUCCACCACCAAAGCUAGCUUCGGUACACUUUCCCUGUUCUCCAAGCUGAACUGCGACCCAAACUGCACUGCUACCACUAAAACCACGGACAAUGUCUUUGGUUAUGACUACAGCGUUUCAUGCUGUAACACAGAUCAAUGCAACGCUGGCAACUCUGUCAAGAUCUCCUUCUCCCUAGGGUUGGGCAUGCUACUUUUGUGGCUACUGAAUGCUGUGUAAUCAGCUUAGCUAUAGAGUCCACAGGGAGGCCUUGGGGCAAUGCUGAAUGUAAAAAUGCUGAAGCUGCAACUUCUGACAUGGCCAAGUUGUUUUCCAAGGACAAUAUCAUACAGAAGUCCUGUACUACACAAGCAGUGACUUGGUCUCUCCUCCAUGCUUACUUUGCUCUUCCCGGUGUUCCAAUUUGCUUACGGCUCAAUCUGCUAAUGCCAUUCCACAUCCACAGUAGGAGGCGGUCUCUCUGUAGACUGUCUUGUGAGUAUGAGGUCUUUUACGUGACUGAUUCACAUGGGACUUACACGUGUUUUUUUUUUUUCAUUUGUUUUUUUUCCCAGUUAAUGUAUUUUUGAUUAUUAAAAUUGAAUACUAUGAUGUAUAGUGAAAUAUAACUACAGAUUUUAUAUACAUUUUUUAAUAAGCUAUCAGUUUUUUAAUAUGCAAGUACCAACAUUCUGUCUCUAGAUAUAUUGUGGCUUGUUCCAUUAAAUAGAGCUCAUAAAAACCC